GGUGUCAGAGCUGCAUUGCGGGCCACACGGUAAGUAAACUACACGGUGUUGCUAACUACCUAUCUACAGCGCGGACCGGCCGCCCUCUGCUGCCCGCCUCGCCGCACCCUGCGCAUGCAGAUGUCGUCGGCCGAGCGUCCGCGACGUCGAGAUGCAUCGUCGGGAGCGUCCAAGAGGGCGUCCGCACGUCCAGCACGCCGUCCGCGCCGACUGCGCAGUCGCCGCGCACACACGACGUGUGCGCCUUCCGCCCACCGCCGCCAUGGCGAGACGCACCGUACGCGUCGUGCCGAGUCCGCCAGAGGCGCAUAUGCCCCAAACACGGCCUACACGUGCACUCCUCGGAUUCCCGGCAACUCCGCCCACCGUUGCACGUCCAGCCCUCGGACAGCGGCGCAAUGCCCCGCGCGUGUGCGUGCCCGUUCCCGUGCCAAACAGCGCCGCGCUCUCCUCCGCGCUCGCGGCGCGACACCCGCAUUUGCGCCGCCACGCCGCGAACGUCCGCGCGGAGCGUUUUUGCGCGAAUCACGACGGGACGCGGCGAGCGCGUGUGCCCCGGUGCGCUGCGCCUGUGGCCGUGUUUUCGGAGGCCUGGGCCGCGUGGCUGGGGCGCUCGGACGGCAGGAGCCCCGGUCGCGAUGCCUAUGCGAGGGGACCUCCCUCGACGAGCAUGCGCCCUGUGAGGUGGUGUGCGCCCUCGGGGCGAUCCCGGGUGCUCCGGGUGCGCUGCGUAUGCCGUCCUGAGACGCGGAGGUCGGCGCCCGCGCCCCUUGAGAUCGGCGCUGAGGUCAUCUGAAAAUGCGCCCUAGUCAGCACAGCUCGCGCGCGGCCGGGUCGAGAGCGCACAGGACGCGUGCUAUGGGCGCAGGUCCUGCGACAUGAGAAGCCGGGCGGCGGCGGUGGCGAAACACGUGAGAUGGGCCCCACGCAGGCGUGGGCGCUAUCGACCCA